AUGGGCGCUGCCGGCAGGGUCACCGCUUCACUGUGUCCUUGCGGACGCCGGGCGGACGUCUCAGAGUGGACGCGCGCCUGUGAGCGAACGGCCGUGUUCUGAGGAGAGCAGCGGUCGUGGGCGCCUCAGUUAUGUUGUGUCGGGCGGCGUGCAGCGCGGGCAGGAGGCUGGGCCCGGUGGCCGGUGCCGCGGGCUCCCGGCAGAAGCACAGCCUCCCCGACCUGCCUUAUGACUAUGGCGCGCUGGAGCCGCACAUUAACGCGCAGAUCAUGCAGCUGCACCACAGCAAGCACCACGCGACCUACGUCAACAAUCUGAACGCCACCGAAGAGAAGUACCACGAGGCGCUGGCCAAGGGAGAUGUUACCACUCAGGUUGCUCUUCAGCCUGCCCUGAAGUUCAAUGGUGGGGGACACAUUAAUCACAGCAUUUUCUGGACAAACCUGAGCCCUAAGGGUGGUGGAGAACCUAAAGGAGAGUUGCUGGAGGCUAUCAAGCGUGACUUUGGGUCUUUUGAGAAGUUUAAGGAGAAACUGACCGCUGUGUCUGUGGGAGUCCAAGGUUCAGGCUGGGGCUGGCUUGGCUUCAAUAAGGAGCAAGGUCGCUUACAGAUCGCUGCCUGCUCCAAUCAGGACCCACUGCAAGGAACUACAGGCCUUAUUCCGCUGCUGGGGAUUGACGUGUGGGAACACGCGUACUACCUUCAGUAUAAAAAUGUCAGGCCCGACUAUCUGAAAGCUAUCUGGAAUGUAAUCAACUGGGAGAAUGUUGCUGAGAGAUACACAGCAAGCAAGAAGUAAAGCCUGCAGCCACGGCGCGGCGCGUGUGCCAGGCCCCGGCGCGUGUGCCAGGCCCUUGGCCGUUUUGUAGUAGUGUAGAGCACUGCAGCACCCUGACUGAGGUGCUGCCGUCUUCAUUGAUGUCUAUCCACAUAUGUUAUGAGCAUAGUGUUAUGAUAAUUUCUUACUUUAAUUAAAUUUAUUAUUAGGCAACUGUUUGAGAACAGUGCAUAUACUCUGUGUGAAUUGCUCUUGAUUGAACAUUUUCAUUGAAUUGCUUGGAUGCUAUAACUAUCCUUAUAAGACUAUCAAAAAUAUUCCAUCUCUAUUUUGGGGGACCCGUGGGAGCGUCUGUAAUCCUGUUCUAUUGCAGUUAGAAAAAAAAUUGACUUGUGCCCUCCACCCCCCAGCUGUUGAAUAAUGAAAUAGAGAACCGAAUAGCUCUCUUUUCUAUUAAAAAUUGCUAUUUUUUGUAAGUAAUCCUCUA